GCGGUGGCGGCGGCGCGCAGGACCGGGCCCACACUCCGGGGCUGUGGUGGGCUGCGGUGGGCGGCGGUCUUGCACCCCGGAGCUCGCACGUACCCAGUUUCCUCCUUCCGGAGUGGCUGCACUCAGGCACCCAGCGGGCCGGCGGGCGGGUAGCGGCGCGGAGGUCUGGGCGGGGCGGGCCUCCCGGGCUCCGGGGACGCCCACAGGCCCUGCGAGGCCAGAGCAGAGCGCCGGCGGCGGGGAAGAGCGCGAGCGCCGGGGCACGGAGGUGACAGAGGAACCAUAAACCUCAUGAGGAGCCAGUACAGCAUGGGAAUGUGACAGUUCCAAACCCCGGCCACAGAUGGUCCGUGAUGGAAAAUGUGAACCCGACAGGAAGGAUCAUCGGAUGGACCCUGUUUGACAACAUGCACCACCAGUGGCUCCUGCUGGCUGCAUGCUUUUGGGUGAUUUUCAUGUUCAUGGUGGCCAGCAAGUUCAUCACGUUGACCUUCAAAGACCCGGAUGGGUAUAGUGCCAAACAGGAGUUUGUGUUCCUGACGGCCAUGCCAGAAGCAGAGAAGCUAAGAGGAGAGAAGCAUUUUUCUGAAGUCAUGAAGCCAACUGGGAAGAUGCUUUCGGAGAGCCAUCCUGAUCAGCCCCCGGUUUAUCUGGAGCGGCUGGAGCUCAUCAGAAACGCUUGCAAGGAGGAGGCUCUGCGGAACCUCUCCCACACCGAGGUCUCUAAGUUUGUCCUGGAUCGAAUCUUUGUCUGUGACAAGCACAAGAUUCUUUUCUGUCAGACCCCCAAAGUGGGCAACACCCAGUGGAAGAAAGUGCUGAUCGUCUUAAAUGGAGCAUUUUCUUCUAUUGAAGAGAUCCCAGAAAACGUGGUUCAUGACCAUGAGAAAAAUGGCCUUCCACGUCUCUCUUCCUUCAGCAAAAUAGGAAUUCAGAAGCGAUUGAAAACAUACUUCAAGUUUUUUAUUGUGAGGGAUCCCUUUGAAAGACUGAUCUCUGCCUUUAAGGAUAAGUUUGUUCACAAUCCUCGAUUUGAACCUUGGUACAGGCACGAGAUAGCCCCGGGCAUUAUUAGGAAAUACCGGAAGAACCGGACAGAGACCCGGGGUAUCCAGUUUGAAGAUUUUGUGCGCUACCUGGGUGAUCCAAACCGCAGGUGGUUAGACCUUCAGUUUGGGGACCAUAUCAUCCACUGGGUGACCUACGUAAAACUCUGUGCACCCUGUGAGAUAAAGUACAGUGUGAUUGGACACCACGAGACCCUGGAGGCAGAUGCCCCGUACAUCCUAAAAGAAGCUGGCAUUGACCACCUGGUGUCGUACCCCACUAUCCCUCCCGGCAUCACCAUGUACAACAGGACCAAGGUGGAGCAGUACUUCCUGGGCAUCAGCAAACGAGACAUCCGGCGUCUCUAUGCACGUUUUGAAGGGGACUUCAAGCUCUUUGGGUAUCAGAAACCAGAUUUUUUGCUAAAUUAAGGCAUCAGACUCCUGAAUAUUGCUAGUUCCGGGGAUGGCUAGGUGGAGAUGUGAGAACAUGGGACCUCUACCCUGUCCCAUGGUUCCGUGCAUGGAUGAUGUUGGGCGCUGAUUACCUGCUUCACUCGGGUGACAAAUGCUCUGAUGACUCCCCUCCCCAGCCUGUGUCACCCCCACGAAAGGUUAGGAAAGACUGGACGUGUGCAGACAGGUAGACAGACCCAGAGGAGCCUGCUUCCUUCAACUGUCACAUUGUCCUUGGUGCUGUGUCAGCUUGCCUGUAGUCGGGUGGUGUCACCCAUGACCUGUGGACUGCACAGACCCAGCGCUUUCAAGAGAGAUGGGGAUACUGAACGGCUGCAAAGGUUACUGGGGCCCAUGCAGAGUCGAAUCUAAGCCAGAAUGAUACCUCUUCCUUCCAUUUUGACACUAGCCACAGAUCAGUCACUUCUUGAGCUUGAGGCCCUGUGACACUGGGUGGUGGUAAUCACAGAACAAUCUGGAAGCUCUGAUCUUUCGGGACCCAGGCUAGCUCUUUUUUCCGGACCUCUGACCCCACAAGUACCUGCUUAAUUCUGCAGAAGAGAUCCCUUCUGGAAAGUGAGGGCAUUAUCAGAACAUCUCUGACGACCUAGAACUUGGCAUGGGCAAGGAGGAACCAGCCGGUCCUGGGAACUCUGGGUGCACCGUUGUCUCUGACACCUGCUUUUGUCUUCGACGGCCCCAAGGGAGCGAGCAGCAGGGGCGUUUCCACCUCUCUCCUGAACGCACCUCCCUGUCCUGAGAGGGGAGAGAAGACAAAGCAUUUCCGGUGGACAGAGACGAGCGCAUGCCGACGUGCCGUGAUGACGCACAGGCGUGCAGUGCCUGCAUUGCGGAGUCCAGUGCUGUCUGCAGACUGUCAAGUCCGUUCAUGUCGGCAGACGGGAUCCUACGGUCCUGAAUCUAAUAGUGCCACUGUCCUCGACUGAAAGACCCGCAAGUUGGAUAAUCAGAUUCGUCAGCAAUAAAAUCCUGGGUGAGGCCGCCUCCGGUGAUGUCGCCCCAGGUGACAAGUCACCUAACGUGGCACUGAGGCCAGCCCCAGCAAGAAAGCCACAGCAGCUGUCACAGCUGCCAACCAGCAGCAAAGGGCUAUUAAAGAUGGAGGGACAGUUUCUCUGAGUAAGUCCCUGGCACAUGCAUCUGCCUGGGGUUGAGAGGAAUUGUGCCAGUUUUUCCUAGAGGUGACAGCCCUACUCUCAAAAAGCCUUUCCUGAACUUGUAAAUGUGAAAGUAAAAUAAAAUUUAAAAUGUGUGCCAAA